AUGUCGUCGCUUCCUCAAGACUAUCUAGAACGCGUCUAUGCCGGCGUUCUUGGCAAGCUCAUUGGCGUAUACCUGGGCCGGCCGUUUGAAAAUUGGACAUACCAAGAAAUUCAAGCCAAACUGGGAGACAUUGACUAUUAUGUGCACGACAAACUGAACGUGCCUCUGGUCGUCAUCGAUGACGAUGUAUCGGGCACCUUUGCGUUUGUCCGAGCAUUGGAAGAGCACGGCGUGCGCGCAGAGCUCUCAUCGGAAGAGGUUGGCAAGACCUGGUUAAAUCAGGUCAUCGAAGGUCGAAGCAUCUUCUGGUGGGGUGGAAAUGGCAUCUCGACUGAGCAUACUGCGUUUCUCAAUCUAAAGCACGGAAUUCGUGCCCCUGAGAGCGGUGCCGCCAGCACCAAUGGGCGCACCAUAGCGGAGCAGAUUGGCGCCCAAAUCUUCAUUGACGGUUGGGCCAUGGUGGCGCCGGGAAAUCCAGAUUUGGCAUCACGGCUUGCGGAGGCGGCGGCUCGCGUGAGCCAUGACGGCGAGGCGGUAUACGCAGCCAAGCUGUGGGCAGCCAUGGAGGCUGAAGCCUUUGUAUCCAAGGACGUCGAACAUCUCCUCGAUGUCGGUCUGAAAAGUAUACCUGACAACUCUCUCAUUGCACGCAUGAUCGCCGACGUUCGGAAAUGGGUGCAACAGGACGGAGACUGGAGACAGGCACGCCAACGGAUCGAAGAAGGUUACGGCUAUGACAAGUAUUUGGGCAUUUGCCAUGUCAUUCCUAACCACGCCAUCAUGAUCAUGGCUCUGCUCUAUGGGGGUCACGACUUUCACAAAGCCAUGCACAUCAUCAACACUUGUGGUUGGGAUACGGACUGCAAUUCUGGUAACAUGGGGUGUCUGGUCGCUCUGAUGCAUGGCUUGGCUGCUUUUCAGGGCGGUCCGGACUGGCUUGGUCCCCUCGCCGAUCGAGCCAUCAUCUCCAGCGCCGAUGGUGGUUAUUCCAUCAAUAAUGCCGCUCGUAUCAGCUACGAUCUCGCCAAUAUCGGCCACCAACUAGCCGGACAACCGCAAAUCCAACCGCCAAAGGCCGGCGCUCAGUUCCACUUCUCCCUUCCCGGUAGUGUCCAGGGUUUCCAAGGCACAGCACACCCGAAUCUACUCCGCAUCAACCAGACCCGAGACCCUGGAGUGGAGAGCCUUGGUAUCUACCUAGAGGGCUUGACCGACACUAGCGACCCUGUAGAAGUCACAACUGCAACAUUUACGCCACUCGACAUAUUGAAAGUAAAUCGCCAUUACGACAUGAUGGCUUCGCCUCUGAUUUAUCCCGGCCAGACAGUCAAAGCUGAGUUGCUUGCAGCUGAUAGAAACACGGCAGCCUCAAGAGUUUGCCUGAGACUCAAGGCGUACAACGAAAAUGAUGAAUUGACGGUUGUCGACAGUAUUCCCGUGACUCUGGAGCCUGGGCAGCGAGCUAAGCUCGAGUGGACCAUCCCUGAUACUCUGCAAAAUUGUCCAAUUCAGCAAAUCGGUCUGGCGAUCCGCUCCAAUGCAGCUUCUCCCGCUUUGACUGGUGCCGUGUUUCUUGACAGCCUAGGAUGGAGCGGCACGCCUCACAUGUGUUUGAAGCGGCCAACAAACAAGUCCCAAAGCUUAUGGCGUAGGGCCUGGGUGAGUUCCAUCCACAAGAUGCACACGACCAUGGGGCCGUCAUUAUUCCUCGCCCAAGACCGGGGGCAAGGCAUCUUGAGCCAAGGAACGCGGGACUGGACCAACUACAAGGUCGUCGUGUCAAAUUUUGUUGUCAAUCAUGGUGGACCGAUGGGCGUGGCGGCUCGAGUUCAGGGCCUCAAUCGAUAUUAUGCACUCAUGCUCACCAAAGAUAAACGGGCUGUUUUGAUCAAGGCCGCAGAUGACAAGAGGUUGGAGCUCGCAAGCAAGCCGUUUGAUUGGAAGCCCGAUGUAAAGUAUGAUGUUAAUCUGACCGUCCAAGGUAGCAAGAUUCAGGCGCAGGUUGGAGGGGUGGAUUUGUUGGCAGUGGACGAGGACUAUACGGGUGGAGCGAUUGGAUUGGUUGUCACGGAUGGCUCACUUUCUGCUGACAGUAUUACUAUUACUCCGUAA